AUGGACAGCAAGCAUAUGCACGCGUGAGCCCAAAUGGCUCCUUAACUCGACCGACUCCGGCCUUUCGGUGCAGCAAUUGAAGCCCUGCGCGCAACACUUGGGUUUUCAAUCGGGGCCGCAGGCGACGUCGGAUUUGCGAGGUGCAUUAGAUUCACCCUUGCCGCGGCGAGCCCAAGUCAGCCGCGCCCACAUAUGCAUGGCAGUCCAUAUACAUAGGCCGGCACAAAGAUUCUCGAACAAGCUCGCAUUCUUGAUUUGACUCUCUCUUGCGCACACGUGACAUUGUUGAAAUUUAGGAAAGCUGCGCCAGGCGAAAAAGUUGAAGAUGCGCUUCAGACGCGCAACCUCGCACGACUCUUCUUGACGUGCAAAUGAGCCGUCCGGACAUACAAGACUCCCGCUGCUCACCAUUAACUGCCAAGCCACACAGCAGGCUUCUCACCCAUCGAUACACGAUCAUUGGCGCAGAGGCGCUCGAGCAAGCACCACUCUGUCUCUGUCAGCGCUCGCGCAUACACCCCUACCUUGCCUUUCCAUCGCCGCACCCCUUUCGACGUAGCCAGUACACUACGCCUUCCCAACCACGAUGGCGAAGUUGAAGAAGCGCGGACAGUCUGGCGCGGCCAAGAACUACGUCACCAGAAAUUCGGCCCUCAAGAAGCUUCAGGUGACCCUCGCAGAUUUCAGAAGACUGUGCAUCCUCAAGGGCAUUCAUCCACGGGUACCUCGACAUGCAAAGAGAGCAAACAAGGGUAAUGCCGCACCUGCCACGUUCUACUACGCCAAAGAUGUUGCAUACUUGGCUCACGAGCCCGUGCUUCAGACGCUGAGGGCACACAAAAGCUUUGCGAAGAAGCUGAGCAGAGCCAUUGGCAAGAGGGAAUGGCACAGCGCUCAAGGGCUGGCUGACAGGCGGCCUCUAGUCAAGCUCGAUCACAUCAUCAGGGAGAGGUAUCCCACCUUUGACGACAGUCUGAGAGAUUUGGACGAUGCGCUCAGCCUACUCUUCCUCUUCGCCAACCUGCCUGCUGGAGAUCGUUUGAAUCACCAGCUGGUGGAAAAGAGCGCGAGGAUCUGCGCGGAAUGGCAGGGCUACGUGGUGAGGGCGCAGGCGCUCAGAAAGGUGUUUUUUAGCAUCAAGGGCGUCUACUUUCAAGCCGAGGUACGGGGUCAGCAGAUCACCUGGCUUGUGCCUUACCUGUUCACGCAGCAUGUGAGCAUAUAUGCGCCUAGAGGGGUAGCGCGUGACCAGUACAUGUGGGCACAAGGACCGCCAGACUGCUGUCACUGACACUCAUGUUCUCACGCGUCCCUACAGAUCCCCUCCGACGUGGACUUCAGAGUUAUGGCGACGUUCCUCGAGCUGUAUCAGACGCUUCUAGGCUUUGUCAUGUUUAAGCUCUACACAGACCUUGGUCUCGUGUACCCCCCCAAGCUCGAGUCAAGCGCUGAGGAAGCAGGUGCUGGACCCCUUGGAGUUUUACGUCUCGUAGAAAGCAGCAGUGCUGUACUCACUCCUGGCCAAGGAGCUCGUAGCUCCAAAGGCGCCACCGACACUGAUACUGCUGGCCGAAAAGUGACAUCAAAGGAUGUGAAACAGGCCAUCAAAGCGGUCGCCCAGGAGGGCUUCGCUGCGAAUGGUGCUGCUGAUGACACGCCACUCGAAGCCCAAGCAGAUCGCCCUGCUUCGAGCGAGGAGAUUGUCGCAGAUGAUUUUGUAGAAAAGCCGUCGGCUGAUGGGACAACGUCUGGCCUGGUUUCUUACGCUUCUAUCGACGCCUCUUCCGCCAGCAACUCCCGCACGCACCUCUUUGCGCCCUACUACUUCUACAUCUCACGAGAGUGUCCGAAAGCGGUCAUUGAGUUCGUGUUGCGCUCAUUUGGGACUGCGCCGAGUCACCUUGGGUGGGACGAAGUAUCAGGCCCAGGAUCGAGCUUCUCUUCGGACGAUGACAGAAUCACUCACUACAUCGUAGACAGGCCCGUCACUUCCUCCACAAGCCAGACGCAAGCUCGAAUGGCCAAAGUACAACCUCAAUGGAUCGUCGACUCUGCUAACGCGGGCAGGAUCUUGCCUACCCAGCCUUAUGCGCCUGGAGCUUCUUUGCCGCCGCACCUCAGCCCCUUUGUGGACGAUGCGGAGGUCAAGGCUCAAGGCGGCUAUGUUCCUCGUGAGGCGGGCUUGGAUGAGAUCGCACCGGCUGAAAAUGUAGAGGCGGCACAGGAAGCAGCUGAACAGGAGGCUGAGGAAGAUUCGUCCGAUGAGGACGACAUCGGAGGGGAAGCGGACGAGGCUGACGACGCGGUCGCAGGAGAUGAAGAGAUGCAGCACGAAGACUCAGCAGCUGCCAAAGAUAAGAGGCCAGCAUUGGCUGCGCUGCUCGUCACUCCGACCGACGAAGGCCUCUUAGCAGAAGCCGAGCUGGAAGCCGAGGCUGCGGGCGGUGAUGCCGCGCUCGAAGAGCUGCAAAGUGCACACGCCGACGCUCUCAGAGCAGCCAAGAAGGCGGCCCGAGGCGACAAGGUCAAGCCAGCAGGCAAAGCGUCGGGCAGGAGCGCAGAGACGGAAGAGACAGAAGAAGCGAGGAAAAUGUCCAAGAUGCUCAUGUCGAACAGACAGCGCAAGCUAUACGAGAAGUUGUCAUAUACUCAGGGUGUCAAGGGUGAAGAGGCGAGAAAGUUGGAAGAAAAGAGGAAGGCGUUGGACAAGGCUGCUAAGAAAUCUGCGAGGAAAGGAGAAUCGGACGACUCGAAGAGGAGCUCUAGCACCCAGAAAAAGGUCAAGUGGGCCGGAGCUGGUGCAUCUUGA